GGGAAGAAAUCCACCAUUUUACACUGCGGCGUAAACGUUCUCCGUGAAAAAUCAUUGUUUUGUGGAUAAUAACAGAAUAAAGUGACUCUGCUAAACCCAUUGGGAAUUUCUGUGAUUACCACGGAAAAAUGAAUGGUACAAUGGCGAUGACGACUCCACCCCAAAAUAACAUGGAGCCACCAAUGAAGAAAGCCCGCGUGGAAGAUGUUACAGCGGAGAGAGUGACAGUACAGAAUCUGUGUGGCCUACGACUGAGCUGUGAUCAUGAGCGUUCGCCAAACAAUCUCAAAGUGAAUACGCUACAAACUCACCUGAGAUGUGAACGAGACAAUCCUAUUGAAUAUCAAGAAUAUGAGAUUGGGGGGAUACCAAUGGAAGGCCUAUGGUCCUUUGUGUUGCAGCAAAUGGCUAGUCAACGGAAUCAGGUGCAGAGACAGCAGGCUCUCGCCCUCAUGUGCAGGGUUUACGUGGGGAGUAUAAGUUUCGAGCUGAAAGAGGACACCAUUCGUCAGGCCUUUCUACCAUUUGGGCCCAUUAAAUCCAUCAACAUGUCGUGGGACCCAGUGACGCAGAAGCACAAGGGAUUUGCGUUUGUCGAGUACGAGAUACCAGAGGCUGCACAACUCGCCUUAGAGCAAAUGAAUGGAGUUAUGAUUGGGGGGAGGAAUAUCAAGGUAGUGGGACGUCCCUCCAAUAUGCCCCAGGCGCAGUCAGUGAUCGACGAAAUAACAGAAGAGAGUAAGCACUACAACCGGAUCUACAUCGCCUCGAUCCACCAGGACCUGACCGAGGAGGACAUUAAAUCCGUUUUCGAGGCAUUUGGCCCAAUAACCUACUGCAAAUUGGCCCAAGGUAGUUCACCCCACCGACACAAGGGCUACGGUUUCAUCGAGUACGAGACAAUGCAGUCCGCCCUCGAGGCCAUUUCCUCGAUGAAUCUAUUUGAUUUAGGUGGACAGUAUCUCCGAGUUGGACGAGCAAUAACUCCACCCAAUGCACUGAUGGGACCACCCAGUGGUACCAGUAUGAUGCCAACAGCUGCUGCUGUGGCAGCUGCUGCUGCUACUGCCAAAAUCCAAGCCAUGGAUGCUGUUGCCAGUAAUGCUGUCGCCCUGGGACUCACUAAACUGGGAACAAGUGCAUCGCCCAUUCUCAAUACCACUCUCCCAGGCAUCGUGAGACCGACAGUGACACCUACGACAGCAAUGGCACCUCCGACAGUUGCCACUGUGGCUCCAAUAAUUCCUCCACCUGGAAUCGCAAUCCCCCAGACCCUGGCCAGACCUCCAGCGAUCAUUCAGCCAAUUCCAGGACAGCCUGUCAUCAUUCCACCUGCUGCAGUGGUGCCUCCAGUCGUUGCUGCACCAGCGAUCCCUGUGAGCACUCCCCCAGUGGCAGACAUCACCAGACGUGCCCAGGAGCAGGCAGCCCACCAGAAGCAACAGGAGGAGCUCCAGAAGAAGCUCCUGGAGGAGACUGAGCCCCAGACCCUUCAGCAACAGGAGAAUAUGUCGAUAAAGGGCCAGAGUGCACGUCAUCUCGUUAUGCAGAAGCUGAUGAGGAAGGUUGAGUCUCGGGUGGUAAUUCUCCGGAAUAUGGUUGCUCCAGAAGAUGUUGACGAGAGCCUCGAGGAGGAAAUUCAAGAUGAGUGCUCGAAAUUCGGAGUUGUCGAUAGAGUUGUAAUUUAUAAUGAGAGACAGUCCGAGGACGACGAGGAUGCUGAGGUCAUUGUGAAAAUUUUUGUCGAGUUUUCACAGAUGAGUGAGGCAGAGAGAGCCCGAGAUUCUCUGAAUGGUCGUUAUUUCGGUGGACGAUUAGUUAAGGGAGAACUGUACGAUCAAGCCCUGUUCGAUCACCACGAUUACUCUGGCUGAACCCCAAAUCCCCAUUAGUUAUAGUUGACAAUGUUUUUCCUAUGGAAGAAACAUCCCGAAUAAAGUGACGAAUAAAUCCGGGUGAAUCCGACCUGUGAAGAACAUAAACAAGAUUAAAUGUAACCUCUUACUGAGCCCCAGUAAUGAGAAUUCUAUAUCAAAUGAGAUGUUCACGUUAAUGUAUCUUGAAUGGACUAGAUCUGUACCUUGUAAUUCUUUUUUUCAAGUGACUCAAGGGUUAAUAUCAAUCGUAAAAUUAAUGAAACUGGAAUAUUAAAUUGUUCAGCAAUUGUGCGAUGAGAGAACGGUCAAGAUAAUUAGGUCAUUGUAGUAAAUUCAUUCUAUUAUAAUAAAUAUUUACAAUUUUUAUAA